AUGUCUGACCAUAUCUAUCAGCCUACCGAUAUUGUACUGGUUAAAGUCAAGGGCUACUCGGCUUGGCCAUCUAUGAUAGUACCAAUCGAAUUAAUACCAACAAAUGUUUUAAAAUCACAUUCUGAAGAUUUUGAAUAUGAUUCAAAUGAUGAUGAGUAUAUUGAAAUUACAAAAUUUUUAAAAUUUAAAAAAUUUAAAGGGAAGAAAGAUUUGUAUUGUGUAAAAUUUUUCAAUGACGACUCUUACAUUUGGGUUAAACACAAUGAUUUGAAACUCUUAGAUUCAAAAGAUUGCGAAGAUUGGAUAGUGGAAAAUCAGAAUAAAAGACAUAAUAAAAAAUUGAUUCCAGCAUAUGAAAUGGCUUUGAACAUAUUACGAAAUGAUCCAGAUGCUAUAGAUGUCUAUGAGUUCAUCGAAUAUGGCUCAAAAGGGAAACCCAAUGACGAUGAUGAUGACGAGUACAUUGAAGAAAAAGUUCAUGCGAGAUCUAAGAGAAAAGGAACAAGGUCUUCAAGUAGACAGAGGCAAAAGAAACAAAAAUUUCAAAGUGAAGAGGAGGAGGAUGAGAUUGAAGACGUUUCUGAUUACGAGGAACCUAGUAGUCGUCGCCGAACAAGAAAGAGCCUGAGAACUUCUAGAAGAAACAAGCAAGAGGAAGCGGUGUCUGAUUUUGAAGUCCUAGAAGCAGCUGAAGUUAAACCUGUUAGAGGAAGAGGGAGGGCGAAAAGCACCCCAGUGAAGUCUAAAACUUUCCAUAAGACUAAAAAAGUUGCUCCGAAAGUUGUAAAGUACAACUAUGAGGAUGAUGAAGAUUGGAAAAUAGUGGGUAUGGGUCCACAAGAUACUGCUGUCAAAGUAAAUCCACUAGUAAAUAAGUUACGCCAGAAAAAAAAUCAAGAAAAACAUACUGAAUUACGACUGGAUCUGAUUGACAAAAUAAACUCCAUUAACACAUUGUUGUUUGAUCUGAUAGUACCAGUCCUUAGCGAAACUGAAGAGAAGACUACCCCUAGAAAGGAUGAUUAUGAGAUCAUAUUGGAUGAAUUUGAAAUAGCGCUGAACAUGAACGGAACAAAUAAUGAAUUCAUUAGUAUAUUCAGAUCUAAUAACGAAUUAUUAUUGAAUUUUAGGGCACUUCUGAAUUUGAGAACAAAUGAGCUGAACGAUUGGAACCUUUGGAACAAAUUUCAAGGCAUUUUCGCCUCCAUCUAUGAAUGCGAAUUUAUAAUUGAUGAACAAGAAUGGUCUUUGAGAAAGGAGGAAAACCAAAAUGAGGCCGAAGCUACUAAUGAUACAAUUAAUGGAAUUGAACUUUCUGACAAAAUGAAGCAGGAUGGCGAGAUGGUAAAUUGA